UCGUUUUCUCCUUAACAGGGAUAUUCGAUGCUGCAACGGAGAAAGAAAAUCGAGCAAACAAUUUCCUUUUUUUGCAAAACUUUUUCCUUGCAAGAUCGUUCAACGUACACUUGCCUCAUUUUCGUGAGAAAGAUUCUUGCCUCUUCUAUAUCUAUGCCCUCGUAUCUUUUCGUAAAAUCUCCUUUUCCCUCUCUUUCUUUGUGUUUCUCAAUCGAUCGAGAGAAAGUCGUUGGAUACAUAGUUGGUUCGAGUGAAAUCAAAAGAAAAAGUUACCUAACGAUUUCGGGAUGAUUAUCAAAGUCUUCCUUCUACAGGAUGUUGACAAAUUUUACCGCCAAAUUUCAGAACCGUAUGAAAGUUACAUAAAUUGAUAUAUCCUAUAAAAUUUCAAUUUAAAAACAUCUUUGUAGCUAUUUCUUUUUUAAACGUUUCAAGCGAAGAUGACACACACUUGUUGCACAAGUACAGUCGAUAAGAUAUAAAAUGAUCGUAGAUCCGUUACGUAAUAUACGUAAAUAUAUAUAUUGGUGUUAGCGUCGACAAGAACCAAUGUAGUUUACGGUGUACCGACGUGUCCAUAGGAAGAAUCCCAUAAUCGUUGGCUACCUGAGGUCUGUUCUUCAUUCUUCGUGCAGCCACCUUGCGAUUCGGUCCUUUCUAAAGGCUUCUGCUCUUGUCUUCCGAGCAACGUGUCCAUUUUAGUGAAACACUUGAAAUCCAUCCAUUUUCCAUUUAUUUAUCUAAUUCGAUAAACAGUAAACUAGAGAAACAGUGGGGGUGAAUGUUCCAUGUGCGGGAAAGUCAGUUUAUUUCGUGUCGAACUAGCGAGAAGAUCGAGAGAAAACGAACGACUAAUUGUGCGCUAUAAUCAUCGUCAUCAUCGUUGAGUUUGUAUCAAGAUUAACACGAAUAAUUCAUAAACGAUGCUCGUCGCUUGUACACGUUCCUUCAAGUGGAAAGAAAGGUUCAAGGUUAACAAAUUAACGUUCUGAAUCUUCCAUUGUUGUUAAAUACCGUCGUUUGAAUAUUAAAAAUUAAAAUCAGAAAGUUUGAAAAUUGUUUAGAGUUACACGUGUAAAAUGUUAAUGUGUCAGAGUAACAAAGAACAAGAAGAAAAAGGGAAACAAUUGUGAUGCAAAGUUGCAAGAGACUGUCAAGCAAUGAUUGGAUGCCCUUGAAAGCGAAUCUAACUAUCUCUUAGAAGCAACGUUAGUACGAAGGACAUCGUUAAUUUCACAUUAAAAUAGACCUUAGAAUUUUAAUGAUCAGUUCCGUAAAAAAAAAAAAGAAAAAAAAAACACGGGACGGGUUUUGCAGCCUUUUCAGAAUCUUCCGUCGAACAGUAUUUUCAUUGUAUUUAAUAUCAAGCAACCAUGAAGAAGAAUUGCUGUCGUUAAACACUUGAGUCGCGUUAAAUAAAUACCCCAUUGGAAUUCCUUAACGUUUGCAAUUUGCUCAAUUAAACGACGUAAAAGUGCUUGAAGUGUUUACAAAAUUCUUUGUUCGAACCUUGUUCGAUGUGAAAAGAAUAGAUAAAUGAUUUUGAAUCGUUGAAAAAAAAUGACGGACCAAGUAUCCCCUUUGCUGGAAGUUACAACGAACGGACAUCUCGAUGUUAAACGCGAUAUCCUGGAAAAUGGAUCGAUCAACCUGUCGAUGGAAAACAUUCCACGGAACAGAGUGCUCAGGCGAACAAGAAGUUUGAACGCACCUAGUCCAAUACAACAAUUCGGGCCAUGCGGGCGCAUCAUGAAAAAUUCCGCGAUGGUCAUGACCAUACAAGACCCAGCCUCUCAGAGGUUGACGUGGUACAAGCCGCCGCUCACUGUUCUCGUCAUCAAGAAGGUCCGUGAUUCGUCGGUUUUACCACCGUUUGUUCAAUUAGUCACAUGGCUAAUAGAAGAAAAACGGAUGGUAGUGUUUGUCGAAGCAUCGGUCCUAGAGGAUCCAGCUCUAGCUAGGGACCCCAGAUUCCAAGGGGUUCGAGACAGGUUGCAGACUUUCAGGGAUGGAAUGGACGAUCUUCAGGAUCGCAUCGACUUCAUCGUCUGUCUGGGAGGCGAUGGAACUCUUCUCUACGCGAGUUUGUUGUUUCAACAAUCGGUACCGCCUGUUAUGGCGUUUCAUCUUGGUUCCUUAGGGUUCCUAACGCCCUUCGAGUUCGACAAUUUCCAAGAGCAAGUGACGAACGUGUUAGAAGGUCACGCGGCCUUGACCCUGAGAAGUCGACUGAGAUGUAUCAUCAUGAGGAAAGGGGAGGAGAACAAAGAGGCGAAACCGCCAACAAAUCUGCUGGUGCUGAACGAGGUCGUGGUCGAUCGAGGCCCGUCUCCGUACCUCUCGAAUAUCGACCUCUUCAUCGACGGGAAACACGUGACCAGCGUACAGGGUGAUGGCCUGAUCGUAAGCACGCCGACAGGGUCCACCGCGUACGCGGUCGCGGCUGGAGCUAGCAUGAUUCAUCCUUCGGUACCUGCCAUCAUGAUCACGCCGAUCUGCCCUCACUCUUUGUCCUUCAGGCCAAUUGUCGUGCCCGCCGGCGUCGAACUGAAGAUCUCUGUUUCACCAGACAGCAGGAACACCUCGUGGGUGUCCUUCGACGGUAGAAACAGGCAGGAACUGUUCCACGGCGACAGCUUAAGGGUGACUACCUCGAUAUACCCGGUACCCAGUAUUUGCGCGGCAGACCAAAUCACAGAUUGGUUCGACUCUCUAGCCGAGUGUUUGCAUUGGAACGUUCGCAAGAAGCAGAAACACCUGGACGAAUUGAGCGAUCUGACCCAUUCGUCCAGCAACGACACAUUGGACUCUUUGGAUCGUGAUAGCUAGGCCAGGUGAACGAGUCACUAUGUGGAAACGAGCAACUUCGGGCCAAUUUCGAUUAAUCUUCAGGUCUGAUCGCAAUAAUCAGUGACUCGUUAUCUAUAUCCACGAAUGCUGCCACUUUGAACGCGAUACAAACAAAAGUUUAACUUGUGUUCCAUUGUGCAAAUAAAAGAGAACGAACUGAUUAAAGCACAAUAGUUGAAAGGACUAAAAAAUUAUCACGCGUCGUUCGAGACACGUUAAUGAGUGUACUAAAAUUCCGGAUGAAACGACGAAUACGUUAGAAUAUGUGUACAGGAUUUUCCACGCGAAGAUAUCCGUAGAAUUGUGAAGAAAGAUUCAAUGCAUCGAAGAACACAACGGAUUAAACGAAACUGUAUAGUGUUUUGUGUCUAACACAUAAUGGUGCAGUCUUUGUACGUGUUUCGAUGAUGUUUUGCUUUUCAUAUGCAUACAAUAUUCUUCUUUCAUCAUUCGACAAAAUAUUUCUUUGUUGUUCUAUUGAAAUGAACAAGUCGUUUAACUAAGAAGAUACAACGAUUAAGAAUUAGGUACAAAUAUAAAUGGGAUAUUAAUGAUUAAAACAUUAAAUUCUUGUCAGGAUAUGAUAAGAGCCGCUAUACAGCGAUUAAAUUAAUAAAACAAACAGAUUAAAUUACGAUUUUAAAUUACUACUUAGAAGCGAUUCAUCGAUGAACAGCAAAAAAAAAUGGUGUCAAGAGACGAAAUUGUUAGAA